AUGCCUCUUCCCACUGUACAAACCGAAGACUACAUCCGGAUCGCGUGUCUCGAAUCCUGGAUUGCUGAUUCGGUCGACCGUCGCCAGCAUCAGCUGAAGAACAGAGAGGAAUCAGUAUCAGCAAAUUCAACGCAUCAAAGGAGCUUCGAAGUGCUGAACUCAGUGAUACUGAGUCCAAAGUCUAAGCCCUCCCUUUCUGCGUUUUUUGUACCCAUUGCCUUUGUGUCAGAUCAAAUAAAGCACAAUCAGCCACAAUCAGUAUUCCCCAUCAACAUCAUGUCUCCACUCAAUGAAGCGUUCUUGAAUUUUCAGUCGGAAUUUAGAAACUUGUCUGAACCGGAAGCAAACUGUCUACAAGAAGCCGGCGACGCCCCACUCAGCAACGUACUUGCAGAAUCCCGCGUUCAAUUUAAACCCGUUGUCUCUGAAAAUCGACAUAUUCAAGUCAACCGAACAAGGAUUCGUCUUAAGCCAUGUACACCAAUGGAUUCCUUUGCAGUCGCGGAAACGGUAUAUGAUGCGCGAUCCCAGCUGAAAGCAGUUGCCUUCGAAGCUUCGGGUGCGGAUCUUCACAAAAACUACAUUUCCAUCAAAAUUCUUGAUUCGAUCGAAGACCUUCGAGAUCAUGCAACUCUUCCACCAUCCGAUGCAUUCGGUUCAGCGGACGUUCCCAACAUUCUAGACAGACAGAUAAACGUGCAAAACUCAAAUGUCACUGCGACACACCUACGAGAUCUUGCUGUUUUGUUGAAGCGUGUGUACGACUCUCUGCGCCACCUGGAUGGAAGAGGCGCUACUGAAAUUCGUGUUCUCAUGGAGGAGUUUUCUUGGUACAAGAACUUCGAAGCGGUGGACAACACCGAUCAAUUCAUCAAGAGCAUGUUCGAUCAUCAGCACGAAACUUUCAUUCAUCUGUCCAACCUUGCUCAAAGUACCAUCGAUUUAAUUCAAAAGACCCACUUGACCAACGAGAUGGAUACUAUCUCCAGUCGUUGGACGAUCUCCAAUAAACCAAAACAAGGCACAUCGAUCCAGUGGAUUCUUGCUCUGCAUGCGCUACACACUGAGCUACUUCAUCGUCACAACAUCCCCAGUAUGACGAGGAGCAAACCAAUUCCAGAAAUCACCGAGGAUUUCACGGCGGAUGCGUGA